CCAGAAUACGAGACUGUUAAUAGCCGGGAAUCUGUUAACAGGACGAGGGAAAUAACAGUGUCCUAAACUGGUUAGACUGUCGUUUACCAGACCCUGGUCCGCGACAAUAAGGUACUUUGCCUAAUAUGGGAAAGCCCGUCAAGACUUCUCCGGCGGGGAUUGGUGCGAAUAGCCACAGUAGUGUAAGCUGCAUGGCUGCAGGCUCGGCUGGGGAGAUUUCCAUCAAUCGAGGUGCGCAGUCGUCGUCUCUCCCCGGGCAAGGAUUAACCAGAUUUGAUCAGCAGAUUUCAAAUUCAUUUAGACAUCGUGUAGGACAGUCAGUCUCGGCUAAUGCUCAGAUGGUUGGGUCUGAGGUCUAUUUCUCAUGCAUUUAGGCUCAUCUUGGCUCAAUUCAUGCGUUUGCGGCGCUGUUGUGCAAACACCACGUGGUCGAUGGACAACCUCAUCCAAGGCAAAAGACAA